AAAGUCCAGACUUCAACAAAGAAUCUAGUUGCUACAAACCUUCACAAUGGGCGACGCUGAGGCACUUCCUGAUUACGUCCUUGAUCCCAAUGCCGUCCUGAAGGACAAGGACGCAGCUUGGCGAUAUGGUGCCCCCCCAGACUAUUCCAACACUCGUGCAGUGUACGAGCGGACGAAAAAACAGUCCCACGAGCCGGGUAGCCUCCCCAACCUAGUUGAGAACCUUGUCAAGAACUGGGAGAUCGAGGCCUCCUUCAAGACAUCGCUGGCGGACUGGCGCACGAUCGACCAUGAGAAGUACCACGUCACACUCAAUGGCGGACCCCCGCUGUCCGGCGAGUACAUGCUCAAGGUGGGCACCUACAACGCCCUGCUGACUCCGAGCGCGUACUAUGACCCGGCCCACAACGACUUCGAGAUGAGCCACAAGAGCUUCAAACGGAUGAUGCCUACCUUUGCUUGGGAGGUGACCGAGGUGUACAGCGGCCCUCCCACUGUGGUCUUCAGGUGGAGACACUGGGGGGAGAUGGCACGAGACUAUGUCGGAUACAACGACAAGGGAGAAAAGGUUAAGAUCGAGGCGCAUGGCGGUCCGAUCGAUAUCCAAGGGAUCAUUGUGGCCAAGGUCAACAAGGCUCUCCAGCUGGAGCAGAUUAAUGUGUGGUUUGACCCGCUCGACAUGUUCCGCCAGAUCUCGCGCGGUCGCGAGCAGAUCAAGGCGGAUGAUGCUGAGGUGCCUUCCGGCUGCCCUUUUACUGGUAGCGCCGCCGCAAAGGAGUAAAGUCGUGGUCUGUGUCGUU